CAAAAUAAACAACAAUCCCACUCAUUGCGUUCGGAGAAGCGAUGUGUCACGCACCUGACCCACUCGCCAAUUUCCACUCUAAGUUCAGCUCGUGUCGCGUUUUGCUCCGGUUACCACUGUGUGAUGUUCGCUCUUGUUUUGACGGAAGCAUAAGCUGAAGUCGGCGCAGAGGGACAAGGUGCGGCAGUUCAUGUCCGUCACGCAGGCGGGCGAGAAGACGGCCGUCUACUGCCUCACACAGAAUGACUGGAAGCUGGAAGUGGCCACCGACAACUACUUCCAGAACCCAGACCUAUACUGCAAGGAGUCCAUGAGGACGUCCGUUGACCGCAAGAAGCUGGAGCAGCUCUACAAUCGCUAUAAAGAUCCCCAGGACGAGAACAAGAUCGGGAUCGAGGGCAUCCAGCAGUUUUGUGACGACCUCACGCUGGACCCGGCCAGCAUCAGCGUUCUGGUGGUGGCGUGGAAGUUUCGCGCCGCCACCCAGUGCGAGUUCACGAAGAAGGAGUUUCUGGACGGCAUGAGCGAGCUGGGGUGUGACAGCAUCGACAAACUCAAGGCCAUUUUGCCAAGAUUGGAACAGGACCUGAAAGACAGCCUGAAGUUCAAGGACUUCUACCAGUUCACCUUUAACUUUGCCAAAAAUCCCGGACAGAAGGGUUUAGACUUGGAGAUGGCCGUAGCUUACUGGAACCUGGUUCUGUUAGGAAGAUUUAAGUUCCUCGAUCUUUGGAAUAGAUUUCUUUUGGAACACCAUAAACGCUCCAUCCCUAAAGACACAUGGAACCUGUUGUUGGACUUUGGUAACAUGAUAGCAGAUGACAUGUCCAACUACGAUGAGGAGGGGGCGUGGCCAGUCCUCAUAGACGACUUUGUGGAAUUUGCUCGACCGAUUGUAACAGGAACAAAACGUAAAACUCUCUAAGAAAAAAAACGGACUGUUUCUUUUACAGCGACUAAAUAGUUCUCUGGGGUUUGUUUUGGAAAAAAGUUACAAAAAACAUAGUGGACUUGGCAAAAGGACAACAGAAGCACUUGAAAUUAUCAACCGUGAGAAGCAGCCUCCUUUUUUUUUUCCUACCUUGUUGCCACUUCGCCGGAGUCCUCUCUGGCUCCCCCUGUUGGAUUCUCGCUCUCCUGCAUCCACACUGCGCUACGAGUCGGACGCUGACACAGCACGGGCAGAACACGGGCCGUGACCUGGCUGAUUGUACGAAACAGAAGAGUUUUUUUUCCAAGCUUGCUCAAAACUAUGACUUGUGGACAGGGUGCUCGCAACACCACCAGCACACAAAAAAACAUCAGAAAACAGACUUUACCGUACAUACUGUAUCUACUGAGACAGUUUACAAAGAGCUAUAUGAAGAAUAAUAUAAAUAUGUUGAGUUUAUAAAUGCUUUUAUGUACAGUCAUGGUUUUUGAUAUAUAUAUAUAUAUAUCUAUAUAUCUUUGUAUGUAGAUAUAUAUAUAUAUAUAUAUAUAUAUAUAUAAUGUAUGUCAUGUCUAGGUGGAGAAUAUUGUCACCAUAUGUAUGUGUUGUUACCUCAUGCUGGAUCAAGUAAAGCCAUCAUGUUUUUUUCAGUGGUA